UCAGACGUACACUCGCCGACUUGCAACACUGGUAUGAAAAUACAUUUAACACAUCAACACGUUUAGAAAAUAGCAAUUCAAUCGGCUUCCCAGUUUAUGCAGGCUGCAGUGUGCGUCGUUGGUAUCUUGUUCCCCUGUAGCUAAAGGAAGUGGUGCAGUCCGAUACUAUUGAAGGCAAAAACUGGGAAGCGGUUUUUUUCAGCUAGGAUAGAACGUUGCAGAUAGCUUGCACUGCGGAACCAAAUUCUAGUGAGAUUGUGGCUGUUCAAUAUUCCGCUUGCUUUCCUUUAAACGGCGUCGUUGCUUGCCAUGGCUCUGUGCGGUGGUGUUGGAGCCAUGGCUUUACCAAGCGAACUAAUCGUCCACAUCUUCUCCUUUCUCUCCGACCGAGACAAGCUGCGGGCCUCGUCCGUUUGUUUGCGAUGGAGGGAGUGUCUGUUCUAUCCCACACUGUGGACCAAACUCAAACUCCGGAUAGGCAGCGACGCAACCUCUGAGGAGUCUUUGAGGUUAGAGUUCCUCAUGCGGAAGUUCGGCGCUUUCGUGCGAGAACUGCAGCUGGAACUCGCUCCCGCAAUAGUCAGCCCCAGUUCCCUCAACAACGAGCCGCCCUCCACUAGAGUGGACCGAUCCCCAAGUCCGGACAACGACCUGCGGCCGUCCAAGCGAAGCAGAGACGCAAUGGCAACCUACUUAGACCACGCAUUGUGCGUGCUCACCAACAUCCGCAACAACAGGAACCUGCAGAAGCUGCGUCUGUAUGCCGACACAAGUAUGUUCCACUAUGACAGACUCUUGGACAACUCCAACCUAUACCAGAUUCACGAGGGCCACAAGAAAAUCAACGAGAUACAGCGUUUGUUCAGGGAGUUGUUGUCUCACAGCAGACAGCUGAGGUGGUUGUCGUGUAGCUUUAUACUUGGUCUGUUGACUCCCUCCUCCUUAGCAUGCCUAUCGAAUCCUUCCUCCGAGACCCUGCGGCACCUCAGUUUGGUGGACCACCUGCAUGGUCCACUCAUCUCACCAUCUGAGGUGGACCGCCUGUCUUCUCUUCAUUCUCUGGCUCUUGAUUUCUCUGAUAUGACUUCUGAGCUUUGUCGUCUGUUGGCAUCGCCCCACCGCACUCCGCUGCAUCGUCUCUCCCUGAUGCUCGAAGGCACCUUUGAGGUCAAGCCUUUAGAAGGGACAGCCACAGAUGAUGAUUGGAAGGCACUGGUACGAGUGAGUGCCAACCUGCGAGUGUACAUCAUGGUCCUGGAGGUCAGCAGCUCAGAGCUCCUCAGAGUGCUCAAGCCAAGCCUUCCACUGGAGCGCAUCCACCUGGAGAGUAAUUACAAGACACUCGUGACCGACGCCACCCUGGAGCUCAUCGCUCAGCAAUACAACAAAACGCUGACGCACUUACUUUUAUUGAGUGGUGACCCCGACUACCCGGACCUCAGUGUCAAUCGCAAUGAAGAUCCAUUGGUCCUCUUGGCUUGGAGGUGUACUCAACUGGCUGUGCUUGUCAUUCACGGCUACACCGUGUGGCAUCAUAACUUGGUGGCAAUCGCUCGGCUGCGGGGACCAAGUCUUCGUGUCCUGACUGUGACUGACGAGUCCAUCGACUGUGAUCUGAACCAGCCGGUCUAUCCGGAAGGCAAUCCGAUUGAGGACAUGCUCAAAGAGGUUUCGCUGGGUCUUGGCCGAGCGUGGCACCCAUGUUUGGAUUACAGCGUUGUUUUGAUCGAGCCCACCCAGCACUUCCAUCAAGAGCUGCAUGCCUUCAGCAUGGGCAUUUAGGCAAAGGAUAUCCAGUCCUGAAAAACCACAGCCUGAGCUCGACCAAGGCCAGGCCAGACUAACCAAGUGCACAUCAGCGCUCACCACGCUGCGCCAAUCUAAUCUCAAUUUGAACCAAGGAAAACCGGAUAAUUCCCAGGACAAAUCAUGCCGUUCGCGUGACAUACAAAGCAAAUCGUCAUUUCCACACAGAUUUCUGGUACCUGUACAAGGUCUCGGGUCUUCAAUUUCAAACUAACAUUUUAAUAGCCUGAUGCAUUCGGAGUUAUAAUGGUCGGGGCAGUUCAAGUUGUGGGCUUAGGAAUGGGUCAUUGCUUUCCUGUCUGAUUGGGCCCAUUCUGGCCUGGUCUUGCUCAACGGCACGAAACGUUUUUCCAAAACCCGGCUCAUGUCAUAAACCCUAGAGCCACUGGAUGUUGUUUUAAAAUACCUUCUUUCUCCUGCUCCCAGGUAGAACAGACGGGGGAGGAUGCUUGAUUAAUAUGUCUCAGAAAAUUAGUGGGAAAAUACUUUGUGUAUGUGUGCUCAGAUCCAAGCGAAUUAGCGUUAGUUUUUCAAGUUUUUAUUCUGAUUCUAUUUUUUUUUUACAUUGUCGUUUUGUCUGUUAUCUGCUCUGACGAAAGUUGUUCAUGUACCGAUCAGUUCCCGGGUAACAGCCUUUUACUAAGUGGAAUAACUUCAGCAGCAAAAAAAAUAUUACUAAUUAAAUGACUGUCGAAUAGUUUUCAGCAUAGUCUUGUCCGUGCCACGCCUCUUCAGGUGAUUGGCCAACUUGCAAGAGUUGCUUUUCACGUGGAAAUGGCUCAACUUUAAAGGUGGUGUCAUGGAAAUCCUUGGUACGCGUUUGCCUGCAGCACACGUUCCACCCUAGCGACAUUUAUUUCAAAACUUCCCCAGUCGUCAAAACGAGGGAGUCUUGUCUUCCGGUCGGUGCUCAUGGCAAAAAUCAGCGUCUGAGAGAGCAUACCCACUGUUUAUUUACUUUAUUUAUUUAUUUUUUUAAUUCGUGAUCAGCAGGCAGUUAUUCACUUUUCUUACUAAUUUAAUUGGCUUGUCUCCUUGAGUUCAAGACCUUUAUCCCCAUGUGGGUAUUUGUACGUGCUACUAUGGAAGCAACGGAAAGGCUCCAUAACAGCAAGCACGCAAUAAAUGAAUAGCAAAGCGCAAAAUGUUGCGUGAAAACGAUUAUUCCUUCCCCACAUCAGCGAUUGAGAACUAUGUCGGUCUCUGACAAGAUUUGUCUCAAGUCAAAGCGUUACAAAGAUGGCGAAAUAGCAUCGCUAGCUUGUAGGAUCGCCCGGAGUGCGAUUAAGUACGUCUGUUGGACAAUCAGACGAUUGUUUUGUGCAACGCAGUUCAGAAAGGUUUUCACAAUAGCUCAUUUUGCGGUACAACUCCGAGAGGAUUGAGGGGGGAAAAAACAGUUGAGCAUUGUCGAAUGAACUCUUGUAUGAGGAAAAGAAAAAACAAUGCACAAUGUAGUUUGGAGUGCGAUGGCUCAUGACUGUGUUGGCAAGUUUUGUGUUAGUCUCAGGUAAAGCUUUUAACAACCCUUUUGCUGUGACGCAAGUGUAGAUUAAUGUCGAUAAGUGUGUGUGGAAACAAUCACAGUUCUCGCAGAUCUUUUUACUUUGAAGAUCCUCUUGAGUCACAGUUGCCUUGGAGACCAUCCCCGUUUGCCAGAAGUGGUUAUUUAUUGCGCCGAUGAUUUCUUUUUGACAUCCGACGAGCACUCCGAUAUCGGUAGAUUUGUUAGAGAACCUAAGCAUACAUUUGUUUUCAACGCGUUGGGUUCAUAAAGGAAGAGGAUUCUGUCACCAGUAGAUGGAAGUAACAGCUACCGUGUUUGGGAAUCCAUGCUGUGAGUGGAUGGCCUACUCCUGUCAGAACUGAAUGUAGUCCUCUUUUGGGGCAAUGUUGAUCAUGUGCGCGAUCCGGCAUUCCACACUGAAUUAUGUCCGUUUUGUCCCCGAGCAAAUCCAACAAACGUAUAUGUUGUACUAGUCGGGGUUUCCAGACCCAGAAUGGUUUCCUUCUCUCGGUCAGGUCAGUCCUGUACGGCACCGGGGUUUACGUGAAGGCUUUUUUCUGACCGCAUGGUUGCAGGUUAUUUCACUGAUCUGUCGAUGGGCAGAGAGUUUCCUUCCCCAGAUGGCUUUAGCGCCUUGAUUGGUGUACCCAUCAUGGCUUGCAUUGUCCAUGGCUUGCAUUGUCAAAUACGAAGAUCCAUAUCAAGAUCUGUUGCGUUUAUGUGGUAAAGUUGUCUGCAGUCAGCGCAUGGGCAGAUGUGCUGUCGCUUGUUUGGGGAGUGACUGAGAUACUGGCUGUCAGUAAUUUGUCAGAUGAUAAUGGGACCAUGAUGGUUUAGCCAUGAUAAUCUCUUGUUCUUGGUCCGUAUCUCAGGAUUGUUGCACUUUGGGUAUCAAGAUUUUUAUCGUUUUUAUUUUUUGGGCUUCUGGAUAGAGAAGCUUGUGAAUACUGAAUGGAGCUGAGCACGAGUAGCAAAACACCUGUUGACCGGAAAAUGAAUAGAUGAGUAUUGUAUUUGGCAGUUUCGGUGUUCUUACAAGGGUGUACAGUACUGGGGCUGGGAAAUUAAAAGCAAUUUAUACAUUUAUAAACUAUCUUUAUUUAUCACAGUAAUCUCAAUUUUAAGGCCUAAUUUGAUAAACAAAUGUCUUUUAUGAAUUCCAACAUUUCCACUUUGACCCGCCCAGGGAUUUUGUGUUUCCUCUAUGUACUAAAGUCACUGCUUCCUUUGCAGAGUCAUUGCCAAGAGUAGAGCUACUGCAAAGUAGUCAUUGGGGUAGGGUUUUGAUUGGAUAACUUGAUUAUCGUAUCGGACUUGUAUUCAGUUGUUGUUGUUUUUUUUUAAAUAGCUGAGACAGUUUUGAAAAAGAAUCGAUAGAAAAAUAACUCCAACAAAACAAGUUAUUUCUGUCACUACAAAUAUGUUUGUCACAUAGAAGUAUUCUAAGAUAGAUAACAAUCCCGCAGAGGAAGAUGUAGUUCCAAAUACCUGUCUUUGAAAGCUAAAAGCUUCUUCUUUUUUUUCCACUUGCAACUCUCCUUUUCUCGCUCAUGUGAUUUGCCCAGUAGAAACGGAGUAAAGUGUGUGUGCGCGUCCCCGUAUAAUAGUACUGUAUAUGUUUUGUCUUGUGUGUACAGUGUGUCGUUAGCUUGCUCAUGCUCAGUCAACCUCGCAUGUCAUACAGCAGGAAUGCCGAAAAAGUAGAAAGUAGCUCUCAGGGUACAAUCUGUUAUCUACGAAGGAGGGAUAAAAAUAAUCGCUCAGGCCUCUAGUUUGCUCAUGAAACUAGUAGAGUAGUCACAACUGUGAUGUUAAUACUGCCAAAGACCAUAAUGGAGCAAAAUGUGUCAAUGACUUUUGAAGUGCCCGAAACGUCACACACACUGGCAGCAAGCUGGUCCAAUAGUUUUGCUUUUAAAGUUCACAUUCAAUUUUUUUUUUUUUUUUUGUAAUUUUUGCCAUGUCGUUGUGUUUCUUGGCCGCAAGCUUUUCCCUGUGAGAAAUACUAGAAGUUUGUGUGUCUCAAGCAUGUUUGGAGCUUUUAUUGUUGGAGGGAAAAUGAAGAAAGCAGGCGGAGCACAUGUGAGGGGAAAAAAUAAAUCCUCCCAAUGUUGUUGGCUACUGUUUUAAUUUGUUUUAACAUGACGAAUACUAGUGGGAUUUCAUGAGUUCUAUUUUUAGUUAAUAUUAUUUGGGGGUCAGGGGGGGUUUAUUGGAAUCCAGCAUGUAUUUACUUCAUAAUAAUAAGUAGUAUCAUUGCUCAGCUUGAACAGACGUGUUUCUUUUCGAGCCUCACAUUAAGACUUCUAUUUAGUUUCCACCAUAUUUUUAUUCAACUCUUAAGUGCAACGAGUGAAUGUAAAGGCAAGGAGAACAACGUGGGUGACGAAACACUUUGUCCAGGAAGUACAUUUGGGACAGAGUGUAGCAUCUCAGUGAGGGGGAAAACCCUGCACUGUGGUGAAGUGAGCCAGUAUGAGAUUAAAUGCAACUAUUCCAAGCAGUGACAUUCCUUCACCAGGCGGGAACUGGAAGUUUUCUGGCCUCUCGACCGCGGCGUGCGUGAUUUGAAAUGUAUUCGAUCAAGCCUGUCGUCACCUUGGUCUAAAGUGUUGAGCAGUCUGAUCUAGGAAUGUGAUACCAUUCCAACAUGAGUGACUCUCAGGACACCUUACUGACAUGAGAGCUGACAGCAAGAUUUCCAGCCUGCACGCAAAUUAAUGUGAUAGAGAUCCAACUAGGUAAACUAUAUAAAUAUAUAUUUUUACAUGUAUAAAUAUGCCCACCAAAGCAGGUGUGUUUACAAAGAUGAUGAUGCAGCUUGUUCUUAUUAACCUGCUAUAAAAUAAAGCCCAAUGUGGUUUUGUUGUGUUUUGGUGCCAGUCUUGCUGGUGUCACCCACAAGAGCAAAACACCAGCAUCAAAACAAAACGGCCAACAUUCGAACAGCCAAACCUUUGGUCACCGGGCCACCAGCUCGAGCAACGGAGCUGAAGCAACCCAGCAAGACCAACGUACUGUUGUUACCCUGCUGGUAGCAGGCGCUUCUUGGCACUUUUUUUUUUCUUUUGUUGCUCGUGGGUGACAUUGGCAAGACCAGCACGAAAACGUAACAAAACCAUGCUGGUCUUGUUGGACUUUUUAGUGGGGCUGUCAAAAACCAGAGAAAAAUCUGGACUUACCAGGGUGAACCUGCGAUGUCUCGAGACACACAUUAGCAGGCCAAGUGAUGAAAUGAAUGCAUGACUUGCUGGCCAUUUCAGGAUAUUUUGUGUCCGGAACACAAACCCUCAAAAUUGACAAAGCAGUGUACGAAAACUGCUGAAAGUCAUCAGCCAAGCUUUUAUACACCCAACUUUGAGGAAGCUGGUUUUCAUAUUUCGUCCAGGUAUUGAUUCCUUGCACACACACAGUCACCCCAUGUAUCAAUCAGCGUCACCCAAUUCACUCAAUUUUGUUGGUUCUGUGCUUUAUGCAAAUAGAAAGGUCAUAGUGAAGUAAUGCGGCUUGUUGGGUAAUUCUGUUUUAGACAGCUUGCCUCAAAAGCUGUUAUGAAACUUGCUAUUGGAACUUUUAAAAAAACCAUCACAUCUGGGUUUGUCUUACCAGGACCGCACAUAUCGCGGGUUUGAUUAAAUGGGUCAAUUCCAACACUUUCAGGCUCAACCCGUGGUCAUGGGGAGGGGUGUUUUGUUUGUGUGUUAUUGUAGUACCAAAGCAACAGACUGCAACAGUCCAAUAACCACUGGAGGCCGCAGUCAGUUUCCUUCCACUUUGGAUCAUCAUCACUCCAGGGUAAUGACUGUUCCUAGCGUUACCUCUCAGGAUAUUCUCAACAUGUCGGAAACCGGUCUUACUGAAGUCCCACGUUCUUCUGUAUGCGUUGAUGACAAUAGGCAGUGUUUCCUCAUCAGUUUAAGCUGACGGAUAAUUCCUGUGUUUUUCCUUCCGCUGUAAACUACUACCAUUAAAUGCAUGACUCGGAAUGGGCUGGACUCUGGAUGGCUGUAUUCUUGGAAAUACUUUUUUUUUUUUCGUUACACACUGCAUGUUCAUCGCACCGGUUAUGGUCAGUCUACAUUUCGUCACAGCCACACGAAGAGCCUUAGAAGACAUCACAGGUUCUCAUGUUCAACAAUUUUAACGUUUUAAAGUUUUCCAACCUCUGCUUGUUUUUGCUCCAUCUUGUGAGUGUCUGUGGUGACGCACCUCGCUCUCGAGAAAACAUAAGCGGGUAACAAGUUGUCGAUGGCAAAACUGGCCAAAGUGGUGGUCAUCACCAAAAUGACAAAUGUAGCUCUUGGCUGUCCCAUGAGAUGAGAAACGGUCAGUCUUGGCAAACCGUCUUCAAUGCAAUCUUAAUGACUGCGGCGCUGAUGUUUCGAGAUGUUCUUGUCAAGUCUGAAGAGCCAAAGGUGCUAUUUCAACAGGCAGACGCCCAGGCCUCACAACUAUGCAAGAGUUGUGAGAAGAAUGCAUGUAAUUCACACUUUUUGUUUUUGUUCCAGUUCCUCGCAGUCACACCGAAAUGAGGUCAGAAGACGAUAAGGACUUGCAAUGUCACUCGGCCUUAUGAUGAUUUCAGAAAUUGUAUUGUUUCCUUUAUAAGAUCUUAAGAUUCUGGUAAGCCAGCCAAGCGGAAGCAGCGGUGACGGCAGGCCCACUCUUGGUCUCUGUGAGACUGGCUCGAUGGCCCCAGUUUUAUCGUGGUACGAAUGUUGUGCAUUUGUUGAAAAUCAGUACAGUUUGCAAUAACAGUAGUAACUAUAGCAGUGCCGAUAGAAAACCACAGAGGGAUGGAUGGAGAUAUAUAUAUGCGCACGCGCACACACAUAUAUACUAUUGCAUGAAUACAUGUCUAGGUAAUGAAUAUGAAAUCAUCCAGACUUUGUACAUCAGCAAUUGUUUUGGUGUGUGUUUUGCAAAAAUGGUCUGAAAAUUACUGUUGAAUAUUCUGACAGUCAAAUUUCUGUGCAUUUGUUUACGGUGUGGACUUAACCAUGGCUUUGAACAUUUACGUCAGCAAUGGGGAUGUAAUGAUACCGAAACUUCACAAUACAGCAAUUAUCACAAUAUUGCGGCCAUGAUUUUAAAAAAGGAAAGAAAAAAAAAGCUCACAACAACGGUAUAAAUGAUCAUUUUUAAAAAAUCAUGGUAUUGGGGGGAAAAAGCACAAUGUUGUGUUUUUGUUCAUGACACCAGUGAUUAAAAAAAUAAGGUUUGCCAGUCAUUUUAUUAUCAUGAGUCUACGGAGUUCACAAUGCUUUGUCUCAAGCAGGCGAAAAGUGUUUUUGUGCUGCUUUCAAUGUGGCAGGUUUGUAACAUGGCAAUGGUGAUAUUGCCCUUAUUGUUACAUCCCUAGUUAGCAAGUGAUCAAUGUUUGCCCAAACCACAGCGGGGAAAGAUUCCAACGUGUUAAAUUACUUCACGAAAUGAUUUCCUUUUCAUGUCUUGUUUUUGAAGCAGAAUACAAGUUGCUCAAAAACUUGAUUUACCAAUAACUAAUACAAGGACAAAUAUAGCACAUUUUUCAAAAAAGUGUAAAUCUUCUGCUUAGUACAGUAUCUCUUUAGAAAACUGCUGUUAAGAUACUGUCAAAUCAUUUCAAACUUGUGAUUAAAAUCAUUUAGGCUCAGACUGCCAAAUAUUCCUUAUGUGGCCUGUCCAUAAUUGAGCUCUGCAAUUAUAACGUCUUAUGUUGCUCAAUGAAACCGGCAUUGCUCCACAGUGUUUGUGUGUUGGCGGUGGAGUGUUCAUACAAGCCCAGCCACAUGAAAAAUCUCAUCAAUCAGUAAGCAUUAGGGGUGAAAUUGCUUGAACGUUUUGAAAUUUGUCUUGAAUCAAUGCUGCUUAUUUUAGUCAGUGAAUAAAAGCAUUGAAAAGUUAA